AGGCCUGUGGUGGCCAGGCGGUCUGGCUGCAUAGCGGCCGCCUGGCAGCGCAGCAUGAAAUUUUUCUCCCCGCCGCUCUUGAGAUUUUCUGCCUAUCCUAUCCCCAGCCCCCCGACUAUUUCUCAUGGAACGCGACAGAAAACUUUCCACGCCAAAACAAUAGCAGCCAUCGCCUAUUCAAAUCAACAAUAGGCGGUGGCUGCCACUCACUUCUGGUAUAUAGGGCUGGCCCGCCCUCGACUGUCUUCCUUCCUCAGCAAGAAUUUUUCUUCCUGUCUCCUGUCUCAUCAUCACCAUCUGUUCUGCGCUGCGCGCCCAUCUCAACUUCGAUUCUCCUUCACGUUUCCGUCCUAUACAGCGCUGCGCGCUCCUUCAGACGUCAUCAAACUUCAUCAAAACCAUCCGAAACACCCUCCAAAAUGGCCCCUACUCGCGUCAAGCUUCUCCUCAAAGGCCACAAUCACCCCUCCGACGCCAUCCCCGCUGCCACCACCGAAACCGAGCUGAAGCACCCCAAGCCCGCUGUCAUCUCCGGUCGCGUCACGAAGUCUUCCAAGAAGUCCCAGGUCCCUAUUGCCUGCUCUUGCUGCCGCCAAGCCAAGGCUAGAUGCUCUGGUGACCGCCCGACAUGCACUCGAUGCGCCAAAUCAGGCCUGAGCUGCGAGUACUUUGGCAAUGCUGGGGAGACGCGCGAGGGUGCCCUGAAGCGUCAACUUGCCGAGGCAAACGAGAAGAUCCGCCUGCUUGAAUCGAAGCCUGCUGCCAAGAUGGAGGAUCUCUGGGGGUACUUCAAGGGGCUGACUAGUACUGAUCACUGCUUGACCGUCAGAUGCAGCUCGUCCUUCGAGGACUUUGUCAGCAUGAUCGAGGCGGCGAAGCACCUCAAGGAGCUCAAGGAGGAGUAGGAGGGAUGGGGGUUUGGGCUGGUUCCCAAGUAUGUACUGUGGUUUGACAGUGUCUGAGGGUCUUCGAUAGCUUUUCAUCAAUCAAUAUGCGAUGAAACAUCAUCGUUUUGACUGACC